UCGGGGCGUGGGAGGAGUGUGCGGUAUAAGCGAUGCGUUGACUACCGCGGAGCACCGUGGAGCAGGGGAGGAGGAGGAGAAGGAGUGCCGUGGUGUAUCUUUUGUUUACUUCCUCACGUAGGAGGGGCCGCGCCGAGGCUGACUAAUAAGGCAAAGAAAACCGAUGAUCCCGCUCGCCAACGCCACUCUUGCGUAGCCGCGGCGGGGCAAGCAACGGGAGGCCGCGGGGCACUGUUGUCGUGGGGCUGCUAGGGCCGGUAACGGAGAGGGUCAAGCCGCCCUCGUCGGCCUCCUCCUACGUCCAUGUGUCAGGGGCGUGUCAUGCCUCGCGCUGCCGUGCUGCUGCUGUGUUACGAUGCCUGUAGCGCUUUGUGAAGACCAAUGGUGCAAGUUUUUGUGCGCGCGAACCGUAUUGUGAGCGGACCAGCCAAGGAGGAGGAGGGAUGACGCGUGGCAGGAGGGUCGCGAUGGAUCGGAAGCACACAGCAGCGUUUCGUUCGCUGCACGAGGCAGGAUUAUCUGUACCCAAGGACAGAAUAAGACCACGAAGCGUCUCACCGUCUCUGCCUUUCGGGCACUCAAAUUUUAACAACUUGGCACCAAGACUUUUGUUACAGUAAACCCUGAGUGGACAUUACUGUUUUUUCCUGCUGUUGCGUAGUGAGCCGCAGCAGGAUUGCGGUGCACCAGCGGGGCAGUUGCAGGCAACCCCAAUCGCAUGGAUAUGCCAUACGCCGCCGCCCACGCCCGCCUCCGGCCGUCCUGAAGCCCCCGAAAGGGAGCACAAUACACGGCAGGUUUCUGGUCAAUUACUGGGGCAGCACCUGCUGGCCGCGGCUGGGAAACGGAAAUGGCGAGUCUGUAGAGGCAGGUGGCUGGACGGGCGGUGCACAAACACAGUCGCCCACUCACUCCCCCACGCUGCUGCUGCUGCUGCUGCUGCUGCUCUGAGUCCCGCGCGCCAGUCACCUCUCUUUCCGCCGAGGCAGGUGGAGGUGCGCCUCGUUGCUCCGUGGCCGCGCUUCGCCCAUCAAACAGCAGCACAACAGGCGUCUCGUCGUGCGUCACGUGUUUGCGUUAGUGGUGCGUCUUGUGUGUGUAACGUGACGUGUGGGUGGCGUGUGUUGGGCCGCCGUGCCCAGAGGUGUUGGGGGCGUGACCCGCGGCCUCUGCAGUGUUGCGAGCUACCCGGGACGCUGGACGGGUGACGUGCCGGCCUGCAGUAUUGUGUCAACAUCCGGCACCACCUGAACGCUAACUGGGCCACAGAGCCGAUGUUUGGGGGGCGGGACAGCGAGAGCCAGGCAGGUUGGGCAGCGCGCCAAUGUCCGUGUGGGGUAUUCGGUGGUGGGGGUGACGCAUGGGGCUACUGGCGUGAAGGCGACCACUGACCCGGAGUCAAGGUCCUGGAGUCCCCAGAUCGCGAGGUGGAGGCGUGUGAACUAGUGUCUGGGAGACUCUCGAGGACCUGCGUGGAGUCGUGGCUGCCGUGGUGGAGGCCGCGGCAGGAAGCGGUGUUAGACGCGCCCCGGGGAACCUCAUGACCCCGGGGCUGAAGGGAUUGGAGCUGACCUCACCCUGCCAGGUCACGGGAAGGGAGUGAAUAACAGGGACGGGAAAUAACACUUAUUCAUUAGACCCUCGCACCUCAGACGCGGCUAGGAGAGGUAGACACAGGUAGACAGAUCGGAAACGUUGAUAUUUUCUCCUUGGCGGGCUGACGGCGACCACCCAGCGCACCCACCCAUUCACCGGACAUGCCCCGCCGGUCCUCCGCUAGGGCAGGCAGAUAGGGGCGCUGUUAAGGGCUAUUACACUGGGCAAACUUUCCCUGGAUCUUCAGUCAAACCACUCUUUCCGCAGGCGUGGUUCUCAUUUGUUUCUUGUUAUUGCUGCUGAUGAUGAUGGUGAGUAAUACCGUCGUCCUUUGGUGAAAUCUAUCGUAGCUCUGGAAGAUCGUGGACACAUCAGAAAACCACGGAAAUAUGAGAACCACGCCAACGGAAAUCGUGGUUUGACUGAAGAUCCACGGAAAAUUUGCCCAGUGUAAUAGCCCCUUUAGCCUCCCGUAGUCCCUGGGAUAGGCGAAGCAAUGAGUGAUGCAACGAGUACCCGCGGGAGAAAGGCCUGACUCGUGCAGAGGAGAGAAAAACGGCGAGUGAAAGGUGCAACAGGGGGAGGAGGAGGGAGAACCACUGUGUGCCCUACUGCGGGAGGAGGAGGAGGAGGAAAAGGAGGAGAGAACGUGCCCCAGUGAACUUAAGCGAGUGUAGUGAAUGGUGUUAGUGUUUGGUGUUCGCGGAGUGUUUGACCAAGUGUUCCUUCAUUCAGCAGUGAGUAGUGUUGAGCCGGACAGCAAGACCUUGUAGCUUGUGAUGGGAACGCUCAACCGAGGAGUAAAAAAACAGUAAAAACAAAGACUUGAUUAAGGACGAUGAGAAAACAUAACCUUUCGAGUGUGUGCCGUGUGCUGGCGGAGUCGAGGGCCCGCGGGGGGAAGGGGACGGCCGGGGAGCAAUCCUAAUACUCCUUUAAUUGAGGUUACGCUCCUUGCCCCCUCCCCUCGCCCCCCUACGCCUGGAGUCCACCUGUCAGCCCCUCGCCACUGACCAACACAAUGAAUAUCCAAACCUUUUCUUUACGUCAGGCGCUGAAGGAGUUGUUCUCACAGCUGCAGUACAGCCAUGAGUCCGCGCUGCCUCCUGAUGCCCUCCGGCGCGCGCUGGCCCAGACCUUCUACAACCAGCAGCGCUUCCAGCUGGGCUUCAUGGAUGACGCCGCCGAGUGUUUCGAAAACAUUCUGCUGCGGAUCCAUUUCCACGUGGCGAGCGGCGAGGCGGAGGACAUGUGCAACGCGCGACACUGCAUCCCGCACCAGCGCUUCGCCAUGACGCUGGUGGAGCAGAGUGUAUGCGGGGAGUGCGGCGCCACCUCCGAGCCGCUGCCAUUCACCCAGAUGGUCCACUACGUCUCGGCCUCCGCCCUCACCGCCCAGGCCAGGCAGAUGGGCGACGCGGGCUGUGGACCCCAGUCUCAGCCCCCGGACAUGUUUGGCCAGCUGCUGAAGAAGGCAGGAGGCAUGGGCGACAUCCGUGACUGUCCGAGCGCAUGCGGAGCUAAGAUCCAGAUCUGCCGGACUCUCAUGAACCGGCCCGAGAUUGUGUCCAUUGGCGUGGUGUGGGACUCGGAGCGGCCCACGCUUGAGCACAUCAUGGCGGUGUUCGCCACGGUGGGCACCACGCUGCGCCUCCGGGACGUCUUCCAGAGUGUUGUGGACGACCGCUGGGCACAGCACACCCACCACCAGCUGGUCGGUGUUGUCACUUACUAUGGGAAGCACUACUCCACGUUCUUCUACCACACCAAGCUGCGGGUGUGGAUAUACUUCGAUGACGCUACUGUGCGGGAGAUCGGGCCGCACUGGGAGCAAGUUGUUGAUAAGUGCCGUCGGGGCCACUUUCAGCCUUUGCUGCUGCUGUACGCCAACCCCAGCGGCACGCCCGUCCCCAUAGACAGUGCCCCACGGACAGUAACGCUGGUGCCGGGCCACCGCCCUCACAGCCGCACUCUACAGGGACCUGUCAAGGCCAUGACAUCACCCGGGGAGCCCUACUCACAGUCCACCCGUCGCGCCGUCACCCCAAAUCCUGAGAAGUGUGGUGAUGGGACGGGCCCCGCGCCCCGUCGAGCCGUCACACCUAGCCCUGAAGUGGCUGCUCACCUGGACUCUCACCGAGACUACCAAAACAUUCAUGCCCUCAGUGCCCAUGUGUACCAGGACAGCCCCAGUGAGGGUCACGGUGAUGAGGUGUUUGAGGCGGGCACGUCCAGUUACCGGCGGCAGCUGGAGAGCAUCAAGCAGAGUGGUGCUGUGCUGCCCAACAAGCCAUCCAUCCCUGGCCGACCCAGACUUGAUUCUGAUGACUCGGUGUAUGUCGGGCGGCGCAGCGACGUGCAGCGUCAGGAGCGACAGCGCUCCAUUAGCUGUAAUGGCUACAAUCAACAUGGCAAUCGUAACAGUAACUCCUCAUUGGAUCAGUUUGACAAGGAUGGCCUCAAGAUGCCCGAGAGUGCCAAUGUGCCACGCCGCCGAGACUCAGGCAACUGGAGUGGCGACAGGAACAGUGCAUCCUCCUCCUCCUCCACGUCGCUGGAACACCCAUACCUGUUUAUGGUGGGCAAGGCAGGGCGGCAGCCUCCCUCACCCACUGGUAAGGCUCCCCCGAGCCCCUCCCGCACCGACCAUCCAGAGUAUGCCAACCUGGGGGUGGGGGUGUCCCAGCAGCAUACCCACAACCACCACCCACCAGGCCAGCCCUCCCCAGGUGCCCCUGCUGGCCAGUAUGACCCAGGUUAUGACUCCUACUCACUCUCCUCCAAUGAUUCCUACCCCAUCCAGCAGAAUCUGAAGCAUAACUUGCAGCUUCAGCAGAUCCCAGAGGGCGUACAGGCCAGUGACAGCCCCGGGACAUACACUGGAGGAAGCCAGCAGGACAGCAGUAGUGUGAGCACGCUGACUGAGAGUGAGACAGGAGGCAACUGUGAGACUCUCUGCCUGGCUGCUGACUCUCUCUUGGAGGAGGCUCGGGCCCGGGAGGAAUCAGGGGACCUUUCGGGUGCAUUGGACUUGUGUAGUGCUGCUGCCGCCAAGACUCGGGCAGCCAUGGAUGCCCCGUACAACAAUGCUCACUCCCUUACAUUUGCACGCAUGAAGCACAACACCUGUGUCAUGCGUGCCCGCUCUCUACACCGCCGCAUCCUCAUCCAGGAGGAGACGGCAGCCUGGGAGGGACAGUACAAGAUUGAUGGCCCUCACCACAGCCGCCAAGGAUCACGGGACUCCCAGAGAUCACGCACCAGUCGGCAGGGGUCAAGGGAGGGAUCAGUCCAUCACAGCCGCCAGGGGUCACGGGAUGCUUCCAGUGGGUCACAGGCCAGAUCACAGGAGCAACUUGACACAGCAGUGACCUUAGCCCAGACAGCUGAAAAAUUGCAAAACACAAAUAUUGAAAUCUAUGCAACACUGCCCAAGAAGAAGGGGAAGAAGGCAUCUGGAGAAAAAUCUUCAAGGAGGGAGGAGACUGAACUGCAACUAGAAAAGACCAAAGAUAGGAAGACAUCAGAAAAGAACAAGGAAAAGUCUAGCAAGGAGAGGAAAAGUGGCAAACUGCGGCAUGUCGACAGUGACUACGGUAGUGAUCACAGCUCCAAAAGCCACUCCUCCAAGGGUUCCUCUAAGGGCCUUGAGAAGGAGGAUGUGAAUGCCAUUGUGGAGGUAAAAGAAGAGAAGUCUGUUGGGAAGAAGCAACACAAGAUCCGUCGGAAGUUACUCAUGGGAGGACUCAUCCGCCGCAAGAACCGCAGCAUGCCAGAUCUGCGAGAGGGACAGGAUGCUGAGGACCCUAAGGCUACCACUGACGACCUGCAGGUGCGCAGUCUGUCCCGGCCCACCACACCCUCUGGGGAGAAAACCAUGGCUGGGUACCUGAGCGAAGGCCACCUGGAGUACGGAAACCCUAACCUUGAGCGCAGCAAACUGAUGAGAAAGAGCUUCCAUGGCAGUGUUGGGAAGGGCCUGUCCCCUGCCAAGGUGCCUCCGCCCAUCCCUCAACGCAUCAGCUCACAGCUCUCCCAGAAGAGCGACAAGAGUGUCCGUAAGGAGGAGAAGAAGAGGGAAAAACGACCACCUUACCCCUUGCCCCCAUCUGAGCACCAGUCAGAGGAGCCGCCAGCGCUGCCACCUCGCUGCUACACGCCGGAGAUGGUGAUGAAUAAUAACAACAACAACACUGUGGUCAAGGGUGAGCCACAGUCACUACCAUUCCUCCAGCCAGCUCAACAUGACAACUUCCAGCCCUGCUCCCUAUCCUUCCCUGCUCCCCAGCCCUCACCCAGCACACCCACACAAAUUACCAUUUGUGCUGACAUUCACCAUGAGCCACCUGGCCACCCAGAGUCCCAUCACCACUUGCAGGAACAAAAAAUGCAUCAGGAACUACCAGCAACCUCUAUCAAGAUGCAUGAACACCAGAUUCAUCAAGAACAACAGCACCAGCAACAGCAACAGCAGCAGCAACAGCAAGCAUUCAUUCAGGGUCACCUGUCCAUGCCUCAAGUCAGUUCACCUUCCAACUGGCCAAAUGUGUCACACUCAAGACAGAGCAGUGAGGACUUCCCUCCUCCUCCUCCUCCCUUGGAAGAGGCUGUGGAGGACCUGAAGACUCGAAGGCUUCUCCCCCAGCCCUGCCCACCAUCUAGGGCCACCCCAGAGGCCCCUGCCACCUCUCAGCCCUCAAGUCUGCUGGCACAGCUGCAGCAGAAGCGGCAGCAGAUAAUUGAGAGCAAAGAAGGAAGUGGCUCAAACAUUGAUGACAGAAUUCGUAGUUCACCUUCAAAGAGUGGUGACAAUUGGCUGCAGGAGCUGCAGGCUAAACAGGCUGCCAUGAGAAGAAAAAUGCAACAGCAGUCUGGGGUCCAAGGAGACAGUUCCACUACCACCGUCACUGCUACCUCCACCGCCUCCACCACUACCACCACCACCACUGCUAAUACCUAUAGCACCAACAGUCAUUCUACAAGUAGUAAAAACGGCUGCAGCACCACCACUGUUACAAAUACCUGUAGCAGCAGUGGAACAGCAACAUCUGUACGUAACCUCGCUUCUAAGUUUGAGAAUGUGAGUGUUGGGCCAAGCAGGAGUGAGGCAGGAACAGACUGUGUGGACAGCAGUGCUGCCCCAACAGUCCCAGCACCAGCACCAGUUCCAAUUACUCAGCAGCAGCAGCAGCAGCACUACCUCCAACAGCAACAGCAGCAGCAGUAUCAGCAGUUACAGCAGCAACAACAGCAACACCAACAGCUCCAACAGCAACAACAGCAACAACUACAACAACAGCAACUGCAACAGCAACAACAAAUGCAGGACCAACACCAGUUGCAACAGCAGCAGCAACAACAACAACAACAACAACAACAACAACAACAACAACAGUUACAACACCACCAUAAUCAUCAAUUACAACAGCAGCAUCAGAUACAGUCACAACACCAACAGUAUCAUCAGCAACAGCAUCAGCAGCAGGCCAGGCAUGACAUCAGUGAGAGGCAGCGGGCAGUGAGUCAGCUCUUCACAAGGGAGUACACACAGUGCAACUCUCUCCAGCUCCCGUCCCACAGCGGCCAUGAGAGCCGCCUCAGCUCCUCAUACCGCACUCGCUCUGAGCAUGGUGAAGGAAUCAUUGGACCAUGCAUCAGGGAGGGACCACUGGCAGACUGUGUCAGAGAGGAUUCAGAGCUCAACACCAGCACUGACACCAACUCAAGUGACAUGGCAAAGAAGAAGAAGUCAAAGAAGAGCGUGACCUUCUGUGAUCAGGUGGUGUUGGUGGCCACAGCAGAAGAUGAGGAGGAGGAUGCUUACAUCCCUAACCCCAUCCUUGAACGUGUCCUGAAAUCAGCCCUCACCUCCUCAGCUUCCUCCUCUUCCUCUGUCUCCUCCUCCUCCAUGUCAGACACAGACACCUCUUCCUGUGGUGAGCCUUCCUCUGCCAAGCUGAAUGUUGCAGCAUCCCAGGCAAAGGUGAACGUCCCCACACCUCAGCCCAGCCCACAUUACCCACAGCAGCAGCAGCCGCAGCACCAACAACAGCAGCAUUCGUACCUUCCAGCCCACCCUUCCCCCCAGCCCCCUGCUACCCAGAGCUACCACAAUCACAAUCCACCUCACCAUUCACAUCCUCCUGCAUCCUACCCCUCACAAUCAUCAGGUCACCAGCAGCAUCCAUCCCCUAUGUACCCCAGCCCACCCCAGGCCCCAGCACACGUCACCCCACCCCUCACUGCCCAGCCCCAUGCUUCCUCAGCACCAUCACAUUCUCAGAGCAGCCAAGGGUCCAGUUCCCAAUUAAGAAUGCCACCACCCUAUCAGCCUCCACCCAGUGUUAGCAAGCCUUUAGUGCCUCAUGCUGCACACAGCCGCAUCCUUGCUAAUGGACUCCACACCUCCCAGAUGCCACACCUCCUGGCCACACAGCAUCCAUCCAGGCCAGCACAACAACAGCCACAGCAUGCAAGACACAUUUCACCUCAGCAGCAACAGCAGCAACCAGCUCAGCAGCAGCCACAGCAGAGGCAGGCUGUAACACCCUACCCUGGGAUGGUGACACGACAGAACAGCAACUUGGGGGUGCAGCCUCAUGAUGGAGAGCGGACGUACCCACCCUACCAGCGCCUGCCACACCCCAGCCAGAUGUCAGCCCCAUCCCAAAUGGUAUCCAUGCAUCCCUCUGCCCGUGCCGGCCCUGCCCCUCACAUCCAUGCCCCACCUCCUGGCCAGACCAACGGCUACCCACCAUACUCCCCAGCAGCACCAUUCACUCGUCAGCAGCCCUCCCAGCAGCAACAACCCAACCAUACUCACCCACAGCAGCCCCAGCAACAGCAACUUCAAACACAGCAGCAACAGCAGCAGCAACAACAGCAGCAGCAGCAGCAGCAGCAGCAGCAUGGUUCAGGAUAUGGCAGUGUGGGUCGAGGUGGUGUCAAGGGCACUCCGAGUCACUUCUGUGGCCCCCUUGACCCAUCAGCCAUCUACUCCACUGUUAACAAGAACACCAAAAAGCCCACAGCUGCCCCUGCUGCUCCUGGGUCUGGUCUCCAGCCCUGCAACCUGUGCAGAAAGAAGUGUGUCAACCCACCCUCCACUUACUGCAAUGACUGUGACUUCUAUAUGUCUCGGUUCAAGCCCAAGGCAUAGUGGAGGGAGAGAUGUUUCGUCCUGAGCUCUUCAUGUCGUAAAGACUGACACAUCGUAAAGUCUCCUUGUCGUAAAUGACAACUUGUGUCGUAACAGUGCUCAGGUGUAUAGUGUUGUUGUCUCGACUUCAUGAAAAGACAUGACUAGUGCUACAGAGACACACCUUUGUCACAUAGCAGUGCCUUGGGCAUUAUCUUUUUUGUAGUGAAUUAGGAAAUUGUUCACUAGAGUGACUAGACACUUUGUCUGCAUAUGUACCUGCAUCUUGCUCACCUGGCACUAGAUCUGCACUGCUUGUGACCCACAUGUACCUGUGCUGUGAACCCUUCCCCCAGUGCUGUGACCCACCCACCCUGCCAGUGCUGUGUCACUGCACCUCGAGUGAUGCUGCAUUAUGGAUCUCAUGUGUACCAUAGUUAAAAGAAAACUCAAGAGUUGUUAAAAAUGUAUCUAUUGUACAAAUUACAUUUAUGCACGCAUUUUUAUCGUGCGCUUGUGACUGACCAUGAUGAAAAGGUGCCAAAAUAUGUAAAUAUCAUAGAUAUAUAUAUAUGUAUACUCCUUUAUAUAU